CGCCACUUCAUUUCCGUACCAGGUACACAUUUACUCCUCUUUACUCCCCUCUCUCUCUCUCUCUCUCUCUCUCUCUCUCUCUUAACCCUUUUCAUCUCCAUCAUCACUUCUUCACUGCAGAUCUAUCAACCUUCUCAUACUCCCACCCACACACUAACAAAACCCAUAAACUGUAAUCUAGUUUUCUCCCAAAAAAGACAUAAAUCUUGUUCUUGAAAAAACAACAUGCGGUUCAAGUUAGGUAAACGAGUGGUUCGAUUCACACGAUGUUUCUUCCGGAGAUUCCGGACCCGACCCGUAUACUUCCGUCUCGGUUCCUCACCGGAGAAGAGUAAUAGCAUGAAGAAGCUUCUGACAUGGGGUCGUAAGUUGACUACUAAAGCAAAGUCUUUAUGUUCGAAGAAAAACUCCGGUUAUUUACCGGUUGGGUCGGACCCGGUUCAGGGAAACGGUUCAAGUUCAACGGUUCCGAAGGGGUAUUUAGCGGUUUAUGUGGGUCAGAAAGACGGUGAGUUUCGGCGGGUUUUGGUGCCGGUGGUUUAUUUUAACCACCCUUUGUUUGGGGAGUUGUUGAAAGAAGCGGAGAAGGAGUAUGGGUUUUAUCAUCAAGGUGGGAUUACGAUUCCUUGUCGGGUUAACGAGUUUGAACGGGUGAAGACCCGGAUUGAAUCCGGGUCGGGUGGACGGGGUUUCACGCGGCGGAGGAAGCUUCGUUGAAAGGGGUGAUUGUCUUAUUGGUGAGUCACUGAGUUGGUGGGUAAAAAGGUCUUUUUGGUUUUUUUUUUUUAAAUUUUAUUUUAAAUUAGGUUUUAGUUUUUUUUAUAAUUAAAAUAGUGUGUUUGAUAUUCUUCAAAUGUCUAUUUGCAUAUUUGUUGAAUACAAUAUUUAAAUGAUAACAUUUAUUGAUCCAAAAAAAAUUAUAUGGUUUUUAUGGUGUAAAUUAAGUAAAUAGAUUAAUC